AUGAGUGUUCAAGCAAUUCCUCAAAGCAAUGAAGAAAACGAAGAUCUUUGUCAUCAGCUCUUGACUGCACGAACUGUGAGUAGCGUCACUGUUGGCUCAGUAGAGAAAGAAGAUGGUGAUACGAAAGCAGAAGAACAACAAAAACUUCCAAAAGAAGUGUCUCCAACUUCGGAACAGUUUUUCACUCUUCAAAGCAAGCGAUUUUCUCCAUCUAAUCAUCCACAUCAGCAAAAUGCAGUCAAACUUGAAGAACUGCUCUCAGAACUGCAACAGCUUGAUUUGGCCGUUAGAGGAGGUGCUUUGUCUAGUGAUUUGGCACAUGUUCGAGCACUGUUGGUCCACGAGAUCCACAAAUUGCAUUCAUUGCUUCCGAUCUAUCUGAAGCGUCGUUAUGCCUCUCAAAUGCCUUCGACAAUGAAACGGAUUGUUUGCGUGCCGAUAAACAAGAAAGCUUUCCAAGGGACUAUUGGACAGACUACAGGCUCGAUUCCUGAUUUGGAGUCGACGAUUGGAGUUCAAGCUCGCAAAUGGUCUAGCAGCAAUGGCGUUGGAACAUCUUCAGGCAGGACUAUUAACGACAAGUUUAUUAGAGAGGAGCCUGAAGAAGGGAAUGCAAGAACUGUUCGUCAGCGUCGAGUUGUGACCGAAAACGAAAAGGUUAAAGAAGCAGCAAAAACAGAUUCUUCUGCUAGUGCUCGCUUUCGUGGUCGUUCUUUGAAUCAUCAACAACAGCAGCGUUUGCAUCGACGUCUCUGUGCUUCAAUUCCUUCACUUUUGGAAGGCACAAAAGUUAGCUACUACACUGACCACAGUUGUGGGUCUGCUUGUUCUCUAAUGGCUGUUGGAUGUGGCGGUGGUGGUAGUGGUGGAUUCAACAAUAAAGGCUAUAUGUAUCCAUAUAGAUGUGAUUAUGCUCAACAUGUGCGCUUCGAAAACGACCAAUAUAUUAUGCAAGAGCGAAUCUAUUUGCCUGAAAAUCCAAGUUUCAAAAUUAUUGGACGAAUUCUCGGACCUCGUGGCAAUUCUUUGCGUCAAUUGGAAGCUGAGACUCGCUGUCGAAUUGUGAUUCGUGGGAAGGGUUCUGUUAAGGAUAAGAACAAGGAAAGGCGUUUGCGAGGGCUUCCUGGUUGGGAACAUCUGAACGAGUCUUUGCAUGUGAUGAUUACUGCACAACAUCCGGAUCAGUUUUCGUGUUCUCAUUUGCUUCAUUAUGCCGUUCAUUGCAUCAAAAAUUUGUUGACGCCGCGAUUCGAUGCUUACAAACGUGAACAAUUGUUGCAAUUGGCUAUAAUAAAUGGUACCUACCAACCUAGGCCUUGAAUGAAAAUGGAAAACAAGAAGGAAAUAAAUUGAGGAAAUAAAAAAUAAAUAAUGUAAAUA